CCGUCGACGAGAUGACGUUGGACAUUGGCUGCGAGUGAAGCGAGUGAGGCGCAGGAUUCAUCAGCUAUUAGCUCUAUUCUUCCUCUGCGUCGAGGCAAUUCCCUCCUCCGCGCGCGCGCUCCUAUCCUCAGAUUGCAAACUAAAGAAAAUGAUCGAAAGGCCCAUGGUGCUCCUUUUGCUCAUUCGAGGCAGAAGAGGCUCACUGAUGGCGAUAUCUGUACUGUUGUCUGUCGUCCUUGGGGGCGCACACACUUGCCUAUCGCAAUGCUCGACCUGCGUCGCAUACUCACCGUGCGUGUAUGCGGCUGUGAAACGGCGAUGGUGUGGUGGUGAAGCUGGUUUUGCUGGUAUGGAUGGCGUGGUCAUAGUGCCGGUGGGGUCGGGUAGAAAUCUUGUUGAAGAGCCUGACGAGGAGGCGGCGAGGCUAUGAGAAAUGAGGGACAAUGCGACGUAGAGGCUGUGGUGGCUG